CGUGCUAAAUAAUAUCGAAGAUAAGAACGCGCUUUGAGUACGUCUUUUACUUUGUGGACUAUUUCAACUCGGCUUUACAAGAUGCCAUUCCUAAACUUCUAGGUUAUCAAAUUUUGACAGCCAUUUUUUGCGCGUUUUCUUAGGGAUUCAUUAGUUUGCCUAAGUUUUUGCGUGCAGAGUCCAGUUGAAUCGAAUAUCAUGGAAACUACUUCCUCUUCACUUACAGAGAUUGUAAAUGCUUUCGAGGAGGUUGUACCGUCCUUUCUAUCUGUAUCUGUUGCUGCUUCCUCCUCUGCCCAUCCUCCUCCCACUACAUAUUUCGAUGUUUUCAUCAACCACUGCGGACCUGAUGUCAAAUACCCCCUCGCCACCAACAUCUGCCACAAACUUACUGCUCUGGGAAUAUCCGUCUUUCUUGAUGCCCAUUCCCUUCAACUGGGUGACGACUUUCCAGCACAUAUCCAACAGGCCAUGCGCACUGCCUCACUUCAUCUUGCCAUUUUCUCUCCCAACUAUGCCAAUUCCCCUUGGUGUUUAGCAGAGCUCUCUUUCAUGCUCAAGACAGGUAAUAAAAUUAUCCCUGUCUUCUAUCACGUUGAUCCCGCUGAUCUGCGCUGGGUGGCUAAAGGAAAGGGAAAAUAUGCUCCUGCAUUUUGCCAACACGAAGAGCAGCAAAGAUACUCUUGCAAAAGGGUUGAGGAGUGGAAGGCGGCACUGGAGAAAGUUUCAUCUCUUAAUGGCUUCGUGGUCAAGGACAGUAAAGAUGAGGGGAUGCUGUUGAAGAAUAUUGUAAAUAUGGUAACCAAGCUACUGGGAAAGGUGCCGUUGCUGGUAGCCCAAAAUCCUAUUGGACUGGAUGAUGUAGUUGUAGAUUUUGAAAGAAGUACGCUUGGAUCUGCCCAAAAUGAGAAAAAUGUUCAAAUUGUGGGGAUCGUGGGGAUGGGUGGAGUGGGUAAAACCACGCUGGCCAAGGAGCUCUAUAACAGGAAAUCCUCGUCUUUCCAAAGCUGUAGUUUUGUAUUUGCAGUGCGAGAUGCUGCAAGCAGAAAUGCUUUGCAUGAGAAGCAGAAAAAGCUUCUGCAAGACAUUGGUCUAAAUGGCUUAGAUUUCGAUGACAUAGAAGAAGGCAAAAGUGCUCUGGCAAAUCGGUUGAGAUCUGUUCGUGCCCUCAUCGUCUUGGAUGAUGUAGAUCAUAAGAUCCAACUGGAUGCUUUGUUGCCAAGUAGGGACUGCCUUGGAUCCGGCAGUCUUGUCAUUGUCACAACUCGUGAAUUGAAUCUCCUUGCAAAGUGGGGUUCCGUCUUAUAUAGAAUGAAGGGACUGAAUCCUUUUCAUGCCAAGGAACUUUUCUGUUGGCAUGCUUUUUCACAAUGCUACCCACAAGAGGGAUUUGAAGAUAUGGUUGAAGAGUUUUUGGGAACUUGUAAUGGAUUGCCAUUGUCCCUGGAGGUCUUUGGAGGACUUGUUUAUGGCAGAUCCAGGGAUUACUGGGAAUCCCAGCUUCAUAAGAUCUCCAGACUCUUGCCGGAGGAUAUCAAAGGGAGAUUGAGUGUCAGCUACAAUGCACUAGACGAGGAAGAGAAAGAAAUGUUCAUGGAUGUGGCUUGUUUCUUUAUUGGAGGGCAGAUGAGUUGGGCGAUCGACGUAUGGGAUGGAUCGGGAUGGAGUGGCUUGCAUGGAUGGGAAACACUUGUUAACAAGUGUCUAGUUAAGAUGGACGAGCAUAAUAAAAUAGCAAUGCAUGACCAUUUGAGGGAUUUGGGAAGGGAUCUUGCAAGGAGACAUUCACCUUCUCGUGUAUGGCUUCCAAAGAAUACAAUUAAUAUAGAGAAACAAGCCAGGGAAAGGUCCAUUAGAGGCAUAUUUGCUGCUGGAUUAGAAUAUACUGACGAGCCAUUGCGUCAUCGGCAGCUUAUCUCGCGCGGAUUACAACUUUUCACUGGCAGAAAAACAAAGUUUAUCAAAGAUUUCGCGACACCAUCAGAGGACCUUAUAUGGCUUCGUGUGCUCGAUUUUAAGAAGAGAAAAUUACCCUCGUGGCUUUCACUGAGAAAAUUGAGAUAUUUGAAGCUCUAUGAUGCUGUGAACUUAAGAGAGUUAUGGUCUGAUACAGAUAACCCUCCAGAGCAGUUAAGAGAACUGCUCAUAGAAGAUGCUUAUAUAUUAAAAAGAGUUCCAACGUCAAUAGGACGUCUGAAGGAAGUGAAAAGGAUAGAUCUCUGUUUUUGUAAAUCAAUUAAGAAUCUCCCUGAAGAGUUUUGUCUUCUCUCAUCUCUGGAGUGGCUGCAAUUAAUCAAUUGUGAGAUGUUGUCUUCACUACCUAGCCGUUUCGGGGAUCUGACAAACCUGCGGCAUAUAAAUUUGCACUACUGUAAGAGGUUGCAGAGUUUGCCAGUUUCUUUCAAGCAGCUAAGACGCCUUCAAUAUCUAAAUUUAUGUCUCUGUGAACAACUCAGGUUUAGAUUAGACAUGCUGGAAAACAUGCAAAAGCUGGAGUAUUUGGAUUUCUCUUUCUGCCGUAACCUGGUAGAAUUGCCAAAUCGAAUCACAGAUCAAGUGUAUUUGAGAGAGCUCCAUGUUGAUUAUACGAGCUUAAGGGAGGUUCCGGAUACCAUUGGUCAACUUCAGAAACUGGAAACUCUAGAGAUAGGAAGUAAUUUCUUGAAGAGCCUACCAUCCUCUAUUGGAAAUCUGACGAGCUUGAGUGUACUCGCUAUAAAUGGUAACUUGGUAACAAGCUUCCCUCCCUCUCUUGAAAAUUUGUCCAGUCUCACUGAACUAUACCUUCAUGGUCCUGCCAUGUUCAAUUCUGUACCGGAAUUCCUGGAGCGUCUAAAUAUGCUCAAGAAGAUAGAUAUACGUCGGACAGAUGUGUCAAGAAUAUCACUACCUGAAGACUGCUGUCCCAGCCUUGAAACUCUCAUUCUUUCUUUCAAUAAUGAUCUAACGUGUAUUGAGAGCUUGCCAAGAUCGCUGCAAACUAUAGAACUGGUAUUAUGUGAAAGACUGAAGAAUAUAAAAGGCAUCACUGGUCUCAUAAACCUCAGAUCUCUUUGCAUAAGUGAUUGUACUGAUUUAGAUGAGCCCUCGAGUUUUGUAGAUUUACAUUCCAUCAAAGACAUCUCAAUAAUUCGCUGCGACAAAUUUCUCAAAGCACUCACAUCGUGGGAGUCCAGAGGUAUGCAAAUUUGGGAGGACGUGGAGAAAUUGAAAACGUUGCAGCUAGCAGCAAAGAAGAAAUCAGCUCUCCAGCCCUGCAUUCAGACUAUAAAGAAAUGGCCUCGUCAGACGUUCAUAUUUGGAAGGGCAGCGAGUAGCGUUGAGUCCGUAAUGGAGUCUCUUUCCUUUCCCAACCUCACCGUGAAUAGAGAGAGAGAAGGAUUGUUAGAAUUCGGGAAGACGCAUGCUUCGGAUGCGGCUAUCGUCUGUAUCGUUAUAAAGAUGUUUGUCGGUCAUAGGAUCGACCAUUCGUUUCUCCCGUUCAGUACACGUACGCAGAGUAGUUCGAUGCUGACACGUGGGAAAUGGGUGUUUGUAUAUGUGUUGAGACAAGGUUGUAGCCUUAUAGAUAUUCUUGGUGAUAUAGUGCAUAGAAACGGUAAGGUAAAGAGUAUAAAAGAAGUUGUGGGAGAAGAAGAGAGAGUAAUGGUAAUGGUGGGAGAAGAAGAGAGAGUAUUACAAGCAUUUACAAAUUUGUGGUCUUUGUUUAGGUGAAAUUGUUAUCAUUUCAAAAGUCAAUUUAGUAUAUAUAUUUAAUAUUAAUAUUAUUGUU